AUGUCGCGAAUCGAGGAACUUCCAGAUGACUUCGACGAGUCGCUCAAUCUCAACGAUGUACCUCCGGAGAUCGCCCAGAGCUUGCCACAGCCUGGCUUUGAUGGCUUCGCUGCGAACAAUGAAGCACCCUUCCCGAUCAAUCAAGAGAGGCUGAAGGAGUUAGAAAAGGACCCUUCUGCGCCAGAGCUUCCGCCAGCUAUUGCAGCAGUCAAGUCGAAUUCUAAGGAGGAGUUGCUCAAUAUGAUGAAUAAGACCCCGCUUUUCAUGACAGACAUUGAAAACGCGGGCGAUGAGAAUGGCGAAAAUGUUCUUUUGGACGCAUUACACGCCAUGCAAAACGAGGGUACCCGGGCCGAAGUUGCACAAAGUUUUAAGGAGCAGGGUAAUGAGGCCGUUCAAGAGAAGCGAUGGAUCGAUGCCAAGGAGAUGUAUACCAAGAGCAUCGCUGUCAUCUAUGCCAAGGAGGACAAGUGGGACAAGCCCGAGAACCUCCAAGUGGAGCAGAAAUUGCUUCGCCAGAUGGAGGAGCUGUCGCAUAUCAACCGUGCACUGUGCAACCUUGAGCUUGGUAACUAUCGCUCUUGCACACUUGACUGCGCAGCUGUCAUCAAACUCAACCCGAAGAAUGUCAAAGCCUAUUACCGUUCUUCCAUGGCACUGUUGAAGCUGGACAAGGUCAUAGAAGCCGAAGAUUGUGUCUCGCGAGGUCUGGCCAUCGAUUCUGAAAAUAAAGCCCUUCAGACUGCUUCGUCCAAAAUUUCUGAGCGGAAAGCUCAGGUUCAGCGUGUUGCUGCCAAGAAAAAGGCGGAGGAAGAGUUGGCGCGCAAACAAAACCUUGUUCUGAGCACUGCUUUGCGUGCGCGUCAGAUUCGUACCCGCAAGACGGAUCAACCUCCGGAGAUGGAAGAUGCCAAGAUUUCGCUGGUUCCCGACCCUCUCUCACCGGAGAGUACCGUUCAAUUUCCCGCCGUUCUUCUUUAUCCCAUGGAUGCUCAGUCUGAUUUCAUCAAGAGCUUCUCUGAGAUGCAUACUAUUGAGGAUCAUCUGGACUACAUCUUCCCCUUGCCGUGGGACACCAAAAAUGAGUAUUCGACUAAGAAUGUUGAGUGUUUCAUGUCCACUGUUUCAGGAGGUCUAAUCAAGGCUGGCAAGAGGCUGCCAUUAUUGCAGAUUCUCUCUGGCGGUAAGGUCGAGGUUGUUGAUGAGCUGGUCAGAAUCUUCGUUGUGCCAAUUUCCAAGACUGGUGCGUUCAUCGCGGAGAUGAAGGCUCGAAAGCAGGGUUGA